AUGGACGCUGAUUUAUAUGAUGAAUUCGGAAAUUACAUCGGUCCGGAUCUUGCCUCAGAAAGUGAAGAAGAGAAUGAAUAUGACCACGCCGGCGAUGAAACAGAGGACAAGGAUCGUUCCGAUGAGGAAAUGGACGAGGAUAAGGACGAGCCUAGAGAUGUUAUAGAUCAGUCCUUACAAGUUGUUCUACAUGAGGAUAAAAGGUACUAUCCUAGUGCCAUGGAAGUUUACGGUCCUGAUGUAGAAACACUAGUCCAAGAAGAAGACGCUCAACCCCUAGACAAGCCUCUAAUAGCCCCAACCCGUCGUGCAAAAUUCCAAAUAAAACAACAAGACCUCCCCGACACAACCUACAACAUCGAGUUCUUAGCCGACAUGAUGGACACUCCAGCACUAAUCCGCAACAUAGUCCUCCUGGGCCACCUCCACCACGGAAAAACAACCCUAGUCGACUGCCUAGUCCGUCAAACUCACCCAUACAUGCACAACGUCACCGACGAGAAGCCUCUCCGCUACACAGACACACUCUUCACCGAGCAACAACGAGGAGUAUCAACAAAAUCCACUCCAGUGACUUUACUCCUCCAAGACGUCAAGUCCAAGUCCUACUUAAUGAACAUCUUCGACACCCCAGGCCACGUGAAUUUCUCCGACGAAGCUACAGCAGCAAUCCGUCUCUCCGACGGCGCAGUCCUAGUAGUCGACGCCGCAGAAGGAGUCAUGCUCAACACCGAGCGUCUUCUAAAGCACGCGAUUCAAGAGAAGCUCGCUCUUACUGUCUGUAUCAACAAAAUCGACAGAUUAGUCUUAGAACUUAAACUUCCUCCCUUAGACGCUUAUUACAAACUUCGUCAUAUUAUUGAAGAAGUAAACAGUUUAAUUGCUCUGUACUCAGAUUCAGAAAAUCCGAGUUUUGUUUCUCCAGCUCUAGGGAACGUUUGCUUUGCAAGUUCAGAGUAUAAUGUCUGUUUUACUUUAAAAUCCUUCGUUGCUUUAUAUCAACGGACUCAUGAGUCCUUAAAUGUUGAAGAAUUCGCUAAAAGGCUCUGGGGAGAUGUUUAUUUUAAUUCCAAGACCAGGAAAUUUACCAAAAAGCCGCCACAUAAUACAGCUCAGCGGAGUUUCAUAGAAUUUAUUUUAGAACCUUUGUACAAAAUAUUUGCGCAAGUUGUUGGAGAUGUUGAUUCAACUCUUCCAGAUGUUCUUGAUGAAUUGGGGAUCAGAUUGACUUCAGAAGAAAUGAAGAUGAACAUCAGACCGCUGUUGAGGCUGGUGUGCACUAGAUUCCUCGGAGAUUUAUCAGGAAUCGUUGAUAUGUGCGUAACACACGUCCCAAGUCCGCAAGAUCACGCUUCUACAAAGAUCCAGCAUAUUUAUACGGGACCAAUUGACACUCCUCUGGCGCAAGAUAUGGUAAAUUGCAACCCAGAUGGAAGAUUGAUGAUCCACAGUACUAAAAUGUACCCCACUGAAGAUUGCACGCUCUUCCAUGUCCUGGGCAGAGUUAUGUCCGGGACUUUGGAAGCUGGGCAGAAGGUUAGGGUGCUAGGAGAAGCUUAUUCGAGGGCUGAUGAAGAAGACUCGAGAGUUCUGAGCGUUGGAAGGCUCUGGAUAAGCGAGGCGAGGUAUCAGAUUGAAUUAAAUCGCGUUCCUGCGGGUAAUUGGGUUUUAAUUGAAGGUAUUGACAGGUCGAUUGUUAAAACAAGCACGAUAACCGAUCUCAUUAAUUCUGAUGAUCUUCAUAUAUUUAGACCGCUUAAAUUUAAUACUCAGAGUGUGAUUAAGAUUGCGGUUGAGCCAGUUAAUCCCUCGGAAUUGCCAAAGAUGUUGGAUGGACUGAGGAAGGUUAAUAAAAGCUAUCCUCUUCUGGGGACCAGGGUAGAGGAAAGUGGAGAACAUGUUGUUCUGGGGACUGGAGAGCUUUAUUUGGAUUGCGCUAUGCAUGACUUGAGGAGGAUGUACUCGGAAAUUGAUAUCAAAGUCGCGGAUCCUGUGGUUUCUUUUGCGGAAACUGUUGUGGAGACUAGCUCGCUUAAGUGCUUUGCCGAGACGCCGAAUAAGAGGAACAAGUUGACUAUGAUUGCUGAACCGCUUGAGAGGGGCUUGGCUGAGGAUAUCGAGGCGGAGCAUGUCAAGAUUACUUGGAAUAAGAAACGCCUGGGAGAAUUUUUUCAAACAAAAUACGACUGGGAUUUGCUAGCAGCUCGUUCAAUCUGGGCGUUCGGCCCAGACGCCACCGGCCCCAACAUAUUGGUAGACGACACCUUGCCAUCCGAAGUCGACAAGACGUUACUCAGCAGCGCGAGAGAUGCUAUUGUCCAAGGGUUCCAGUGGGGAACUCGCGAAGGACCAUUAUGUGAGGAACCGAUCAGAAACGUGAAGUUCAAAAUCCUGGACGCGGUAAUCGCGCAAGAGCCAUUGCACCGAGGAGGUGGUCAAAUAAUUCCAACUGCCAGAAGAGUCGCAUAUUCCGCGUUUUUAAUGGCGACUCCUCGUCUCAUGGAGCCUUACUUGUUCGUCGAGGUCCAAGCUCCAGCAGAUUGUGUCUCUGCAGUCUACACAGUUCUAGCCAAGCGCCGAGGUCACGUUACUCAGGACGCUCCAGUUCCUGGAAGCCCUUUGUACACCAUCAAGGCUUUUAUUCCUGCUAUUGACAGCUUUGGCUUCGAGACUGACUUGAGAACGCACACUCAAGGGCAAGCUUUCUGUCUGUCAGUUUUUCAUCACUGGCAAAUCGUUCCCGGAGACCCGCUGGACAAGAGCAUCACCAUUAGACCUCUCGAGCCGCAACCAGCUACUCAUCUGGCUCGAGAGUUCAUGCUCAAGACCAGAAGAAGAAAAGGAUUAUCUGAAGAUGUAUCUAUUAACAAAUUCUUCGACGAUCCCAUGCUGCUCGAGUUGGCUCGUCAGACUGAAUUUUUAAAUUAUCCACUAUAA